ACAUACAUAAUUUUUUGGCAGCUUACUGAGCAUAGAUCUCCAUUAAGAGCGAGCGAGGUGUGCAUGUAUUGUUGAAAGAGUGGUUUUUAUUGCAAUUUCUAAUAAAAUUAAUAAUAAGAGUCGUGUCCGUGUAAGAAGAAGGAACAACCAUGGCGGUGCCGCUGCUCACUCUUUUCAUUCUUUUUGCUUUUGUUCCUAAUGGAUUGUUAGCAGUUCCUUCCACCGUCCCCGCAUUCCUUUGGUCAUCGCAUUAUCAACUGGCUUCUGAGAAUGAAUUGAAGGAAUCCGUAAAUUACCAAGUCAUUUCUCCAAAAGAUCUAGCCAAGUCUGUUUUAUCUGAAGCGGGGUGGUCAAAUUUUCUGUGCAAAGGAAAUAAAUUUGAUGAGCCUCUGGAUGUGGCACUAUUAUUCAUUGGUAGAGAGUUACAAUCUUCUGAUUUAAUCAUAAACAAUAAUGCAGACCCAGCUCUUUUAGACAUGCUCAAGAUCUCUUUCACAAGAUCCAACACUUCUGUAGCUUUUCCUUAUGUUUCUGCAUCAGAGGAUGUGCAUUUGGAAAACUUGUUGGUUUCAGGAUUUGCUGAAGCCUGUGAAGAUGAUAUGGGAAUUGCCAAUGUUGCUUUCCACGGAUCUUGCUCCAUGGAUGGUACAAAUUAUGAGGAAGCAACAGCUUUGCACUCGGUUCAAGACUAUUUGACCCAAAGGAUGGAAGGGAGUCACAGAGGGAAAACAGAUUUGGUCGUGUUUUGCAAUGGAGGCUCUCAAGCUCUGAAAAAUGUUGACAGGACACAAUCUGAAGGGGAAGUUUUAUCCAAGCUUAUCAGUUCUGUGGAGAAAUCUGGUGCAAAAUAUGCCGUUCUUUAUGUGUCAGAUCCCACCAGGUCAAUCCAGUAUCCUUCUUACAGGGAACUGCAAAGGUUUCUGGCAGAAAGUACAGCAGGGAAUGAAUCAACCAAUUCCACAUUUUGUGAUGAAGUCUGUCGGCUUAAAUCAUCUCUUCUAGAGGGAAUUUUAGUGGGUAUAGUUUUGCUAAUUAUUUUGAUAUCGGGCCUUUGCUGCAUGAUGGGAAUUGACACCCCAACAAGAUUUGAGACGCCGCAAGAGUCAUGAUCCACUUGUUGAAGUUAAUAAUUGUUGUGAUGCUCGGUCUACUGGAUUUAAAUAUUACUGCUAUAUUAUUUGCGAAUUUUACGGAGGCUCUGAUAAGUGUUCUGUAGUUGAUUACUUUUCUCAGGGACUUGUCGUAUUGAAUAUUAAAAUAAUUUGUAUCGGUAUAUAGAAAUAAAACUUCAUUCCUAGGUUUAAUUUUGAUCCCGCCACCGCCAGUUGUAAAAUUUGAAGAAUUUUCAGAUUAUGAGUGUUGUAUUUUUUAACUGGGCAAAUUUGUCUA